ACUUCCGGUCGUUGAUGUAAGGCUCGUACGCCCGCAACUCCUCCCCCCUCUCUAGCACUUCUUCGUAUUUCCGCCAAUCCACGUCCAACAAAACGGAAUUCACUCUCUGCUCGCAAAUGUCCACAUAAUUCUCCCUCUCUAAACAAUCGCUCAACAGCCGAUCCAGCGACCUGCUUCCCGCCUUCCUCUCCCAACUCGCUCUCACCGCCUCAACGCUCUUCAACAAACUCUCCCCGCUGUGUCCACACAAAACCAGCGCAACGCAUCCGUGUUUAGAACUCUCCGAUGACCCACGCAACACAACUCCUCUUCAAUACACAAAACGUACCUCUUGCGGUGCUCCGCUCUCUCUCUGCCUCUCUUGCACCCCAAUAGCACCGCCUCCAGCAACCCUAUCCUCUUCUCCAACUGUCGAACGAACCUCUCUUCCUCAGACCGACAAAACUCGCCCUGCGAAUCGUCCAUGGCGCAAAACCACAGCCGCCAAACUGAAAACCACCUGACAACAAACUACGAAAACCUUUUUUUUUGCCAUCACCCCCUCCCAACCAGAACAUGCACACCGCGCCUCAAAAACCUGCAGCCCUCUAAAACAACCACUGUAAACAAAAAACGCCUCGCCGCAGUUCUCCAAAACGCGCCGAGUCGAUGCGCGCACACGCAUCCCGAUGCUCUCCGGUAAUUCCACAUAAAAAAAAAGUUCCUUUCAUUUUUGCACAUCUUUUCUUACUCCCGAGUGGCCGACCAUCAACGACAGAAAACAAUACCACGCCGCGCGAAACAGCGUGAAUGCAGACACUUCACAAAGCUAUCAACAUGAAUUUAAGAAAGAAACAAAAUCCAAAACUCGAACCUGACCUACCUCUUCUCCUCCCGAAAAAACACAUAAAAAUAGAACGUGACUCCCCUCCGAGCACAAAGCCGUUUGUGCCUCCUUCCAACUGGAAGGAAGUUUACCACCUCAUUGAGGAAUUCAGAUCAACUCAUCAGGCGCCGGUGGACGUGUUCGGCUGUUCUGCCUGCGGGUCCUACGGCAAAACUUCACCUCAAGAGUUCCGAUAUCGAAUUUUGAUCUCCCUCAUGCUGUCCUCGCAGACCAAGGACGAAACCACGUUCAACGCCGUGAAGAACUUGGCGAGCCACGGCCUGACGGUGUCCAAUAUUCUGCAAACCAGCGAAGAAAAAAUAAAUGAGCUGAUUUGCAAAGUCGGGUUUCACAACAAAAAAGCGGCCUACAUCAAAAGGGUCACGCAAAUUUUGCACGAUCAAUACAACGACGACAUUCCGAGGAGUCUGAAGGAAAUUUCGGCACUUCCCGGCGUCGGGCCCAAGAUGGCGUACUUGCUGCUACAAUCCGCCUGGGAGCAUUCCGAGGGAAUUGGCGUCGACGUCCACGUUCACAACAUAUCCAAUCGGCUCGGCUGGGCCAAGUCGGUUAGCCCGGAACAAACGAGGAAGCAGUUAGAGUCGUGGCUGCCAAGAGAGUAUUGGAACAAGGUCAACAAAAUGCUGGUCGGUUUUGGACAGACGGUCUGCAAGAGGCCGACCCCAAAAUGCGAGGCGUGUCCGGUGAGUGCGCUUUGUCCCUCUUCGCGGCUGGGGCGGGAGAUGCGCGUGACACCAAGGAAGAGAGAGACCGCGGCGACCGCUUCGGAGGACGUGGAAUCGAGAGAAGUGGAGGCGAAGCCCAGGACAAAGCAAGCUAGGCGCAGGCUAGAGAGGGGCGACUCGAGCCGAAAAGGGAAAAACACAAAGGAGCCCCAGCGGGGGACGACGCCGGAGAGAGAAGUCAGCGAAGAGUGA